GACUCCAUGCUGUGAUCCGAUGUCUUACCAUUUAUGCGGGAAUUUGUUUAGUUUAAAUAAAAAGUAUUGCUGCGUGAGGCUCGUGAUAGCUUGCAGGAUCAUAAACGCUUCGUAAAAUUACCGAUGGUAGCGGUGUGUGUGAGUGCAGUGAACCUCCGUAUCGCCGUAACAACGUCAGUAGUGUCUUAUUAAAAAAUGUUCGCAGUUCGAUUUCCACCGGCAUGUUGCGUGUAAAUUUUUCCAAGACCCGCGAAACUUUGAACUCCGAAUCAUGAAAUUUUUAUUCUGUUCGCCUGUGCUGUGGCAUAAUAACAAUAUUAACGGUUUAUCGUAUCAAUUAUUCAUAGAGACGAGUAUUUUUUUAUUUAAUUCGCCUAUGUAUUUACUCGGGAAGCAAAUAUUAACAGGAUUCGCUGGUGCACUGCUUGACUUAAAGCAACGUUGUGGAUAGAGACUCAAAUAUCUUAUUAAGCAAAAUGGAGGGAGGCGAUGGCCCUUCGGCCAUCAGUAGUAAUCCUACUGCUAUUAAAGCUGCACAAGAAGAAAUGGGAAGGUUAGAUGUUCUAGUAUGUGGACAGUGUCAUUCAGUCUUUCACUUCAUUGAAGAGUUUCAAAAACAUCGUACAAAAGAUGGCGCUUGUACUCAAGUAUCACACUUUCGUGAAAAUAGUAAUAAUGAACAAAAAGCACAAGUGUGGGCUUUCCUUUUAUGGAAAGAUUCACAAAUUCAGCAAGAAGGUCCGGAUAGAGAUUCUACAAAUUCAUGGAAACUAUAUCAAAAGUGGUGCAAAAUGGAUACGCACAUUAGAGAUUCCUGGAUUGCAGCUGGGAAAACCAUUCAAACUUUUACAAAAAUCAGUAAUGCCAAAAUGCAAGAUGCACCAAGGCAAAAUCAAACAACCAAUGCAGAAGGGAAGCCGGUGGUUGUCCGUAAAGUUAUCAGAAAUGGACAACCAGAAGACACAGAUAAGAAGGAUGUUAAAGGUUCAGAAGCAAAGAAUCAAAAAGGUGAAUUCUUUGACAUCGAAGGAGAUAAGAAGGAAAAACCAAAGUUGAAACCUUCCAUAAAACCUAAGGGUAAAUCUAGUAAAGCUGGUGAAGAAGAUAGGGACACAACGGAUGAAGAAUAUACAGUAGAAAAAAUCUUAGCUAAACGAUUUAAUCCAAAAAAGAGAUGUUCGGAAUACUUAUUAAAAUGGGAAGGAUAUGGGCACGAGCACAAUACAUGGGAGCCUGCUGAGCAUGUAGCAACGUGUAAACAUUUAUUAGAAGAAUUUGAAAGAAACCUCGCAAAGCAAAAAGAACUGAAAGCGGCUCAGCAACAAGCUAAUGCAAAGGCAGCAGCGCGAGGUGGUGGGCAUCCUCAAAAAACAGUCAUAAAAGCGGAAGCUAAACCUGGGCCCAGUACUGCAGCUCAAGUGGGGAGACCAAUGCGCUCGAGUAAAUCAAAAGCUAUGGAUCAAGUGAAACAAUGGUGCGGUUCAAUGAAAGAUGAAGAUAAUGAUUUAUUAGGUAAGAGAAGAAUAGACUAUUCCGAGAGCGAUUCUGAGGACGGAGGCAGUAGCGCUGCGAAACGAGCAAAAGGUGACACGGGUAGUGACGAAGAUUGGACUGGAGAAUCCGAGGAGGAGAGACUGUUGGGUCGAAGUGAUGUGAUUCAACGGGCGUUUAAUCGUGCCAACGCUCAGUCGAACGGGUCUAACCGGGCAAGCGGUUCGUCAACAGAUCUUGCGACUUCGCUGGGAUUACAAUCCCCCGAAGGAGCAAAAUCUAACCAACCGCCGGUCUUGGUUGCUAACGCGAAAGGAGUUGUUAAAGUGGACCCCAAGCAAAUGCCGAACUUAACGUCUGGCGUAUACGUCAUGUCACGGAAAGAUGGCAUCAUCAAGUUGGACUCGUCGCCGAGUGGAAAAUUAGCCGUAAAAGGUUCGCCGACUACACAAGGUGUAUUGAUGGUUCAAAAUCGAGAUAAUACUAACGUAGUGAGAAAGCAAGUAAUAUCCGCCUCGCAGUCGAACUCCGUGACACCGGUCAAAGUGGUAUCUAAAAUGGAUGGAAGUCAAGUAGUAACGCAAAUGAAAGUAGUUUCUAAGCCAGUUGCGAGUAAAGCAGGAGGUACACAGAAAACAGAGCCUAUAAAGAUCCAGCCGAAACCAGAUCCGACACAGUUACCGCAGAUACAUGUCGUGACCGCGGUGCCGGCUCCUAUAACUUUACAGCCAAGAAUAAGUACAGGAAUACGUCCUGGACCUGUUACAGGCCAACGCAGUGCGGACGGUCGGCCUUUGUUACCGAGACCCCCGCUGCGUGCGACGACACCGACUAGCGUACUCGGAAUCGGAUCCACGAUUCGCACACCUGUUAGGGCGCCAGCCCCGAGACAAGUUCAGUCGCAGCAAACACGUCAGGUGCUACAAAAACGAACGACAGCAGUAACUACGCAAAGUAACUCGGUGAGUCCUGGUAAUGUUACCCAGAUCAGACCGAAGUUCACGGUGCUUAGUCCGCAGCCGAAGCAAGUGGUAAAGUCUGGAACUAGUCCAGUGCAACAGGUGAAACAAUCACCGAAAACACCAGUCGGUAAGCCACAGUCAUUAUUAUCUCCGCAGCAAAAGUUGUUAAUGGCAAAGAGGAAAGCUCAGGAAGCAGCGGGCAUCAUUAAAUCAGGUGGCCGUGGCCUCCUGGCAGCAGCUCGUGCUACCGUCGGACGGGGUAGAGGGAAGUUGGCUGAGACACCAUCGGCGACAGCUCCAGGAAACAAACCGAAAGAGAGUAAACUUGCUGAAGGCGAUGGUCUUCACAUGGAAUUCCACGAGGUUGGUUCUGAAGAAAGUAGCAGCGAGGGUGAACCGGAACUUCCACCGCCGGAAGCGGAUUCCAUAACCACCACGGAACCGGAUAGUCCGCCUCGGCCGUUCACGCUGUGCCCGUUAACGGGACGUAUCAUCGGUCCGGACGGUGAACCUGUUGAACAGCCAGCCGAACCGGAACCCGAGCCGGAGCCUACGACACCAUUGUCAACUGUCAAAACGCCUACCACUACAUCGGACAAUAUUGGCGACUCCGCUACAACCACGACUACAGAGUUGGUUCUACCUUCACUCGAUUCUCUCACGGAGGGUGGUGGUAUAAUGAGAGUCGAAAUGAGUCCUGGCGGAACAACAGGCACCAUCGUUCAGACAAGUGAGCCUGCACAAAUCAACUUGUCGAACGUGACCGUACCUGCUCCGGACCUUCCCUGCUUGGACGACACUGCUCCAGCUGUAGCGGUACCAGCCACGACUGCAUCGACGCCAUUAACCGAGACAACAUCCACCCCCGAAGCUUCGAUCGCGGCUGAACUCUCUACGGCCACGGUGACUUCUACUAGCACAAUCGCUAUUGCUUCUACCGAUGUCACCAAGACCGAAGAGAAGAUCACCGAGGAGAGGAAGGUGACGGAAGACACGUCGAAUUUGGUAACGAUAACUGGCGAGGACGGUGUUGUUUAUCAAGUGACUGGUCAAGCCGAGGACGGUCAAACAUUACUGGUGACACGAGAGGCUGACGGUGAGCAGCAGUGCGUGUAUGUUACCACGGAACAGCAAGGAGACGGCGGGUCCGUGCUAACGUUGGACCACGCUGUCGCGGAGGCUGUCGCUCAGCUGAUACCCGACCAGGUGAACCUGGCCUCGCAAUUUUACGUGAAGGAGGGUACUUCGGAACCCACCGAAAACCCGAUGGUGAUGUCCAUCAUGGAUAACACCAGUACCACGGACGUCACCGAGGGACAGGAAGAUGGCGACGGUCAUGGACAAGUUGUAGCUCAAGUUGUGCAAGCGGAAGAACCUACACCAGGUGGCACCAGAAGAGUAGUUCUGCUUCUGCCGGAUGGAAAUCUGAUGAUGACGGAAGUGACGGAAGAACAGUAUGCAGCACUAGGACUGGGCAAGUGAAGAAAAAGUAAUUGAAGUACGCGGAUUGUAAUAAACGAUCAUGCAUCGAACUCUAUAACAAUUUACAUGGAAGUUGUACGCUUAAGGGUGAUCGUGGGUUGUAUAUAUGUAAGAACGUUCACUUCGUACAAUUGCAAUGGAUAAAAUUAUAUAUUGAGAUUUUCCAGCUAACAAAAUAAAGCAAAACGAAACGAAACAGACGCAAAAUGUGAAAUGUAAAACAUAGCUGGUGUAUUGU